AAGAGUGCUGGGAAGACGGGACGCAACGAACUUACUCUCAUCAUGUAACUAAACUUAGAAAAACAAAUAUAAAAAAAAUUACACACACACACACACACUCAUUCAUUCUCUCCCGAUUAUUUUGCAAAAUAAUACUUUAUUAAUUUGAAAAGAACAUUAGAAUGCAGACCACACAGUGUACACGCACGUUGGCGACUAAUCCCUGGAACGGACAAUGCAGAGUAGGUUACAAUGAGUAGGAGGCGGACCCAGCCUCCCAUAGAGAGACUUUGAACCUUGACUCUCUCUCUCUCUCUCUCUCUCUCUCUUUCUCUCUCUCUCUCUCUCUCUCUCUCUUGAAAAUCUCUCCAAGGAGAGAUUUCCUUGGAGCACCGUUAAGGUAUCGGACUGUAACGUCAAGUGUGUUUCACCUGGAUCAUCGGAGGCUCGAACUCUGGCUUCAAAAUAUGAGCCUGUUGUCCUACCAACGAGACCAUGGUUGCUCACAAUAUGGAAGAAUCUCGGAAGUACUUAACUGGUACCUACCUGAGUGAUACCCAACUGAGACUUUAAACCUUCCCUGGAGCAUCGUUAAGGUAUCUUGGAGGUAAUCCACUUCUUCAUCCUCGCCAUAUAAGGUGAAGGUGUAGUCAAGUGUAUCUCAAGAGGCACUUAUGAACAGAAUCAUAACACCAUACGCGAAGCUGAGUAGCAUACAUUAAGCAUUAAGGAAUUUGGACAUGAUGGGCAAGGAGGCAUUAUUUGGAUAACUUUUACACUACCUAUGUGAGACCAGUGGUAGACUAUGCAGCUCUAGAAUGAAGAAUGUUCAGAGAUAUUCCACACGAUUCAUUCCAGAACUGAGAAGAAACUUAUACGAGGAAAGAUUGAGUGAGUUAUAUUUCACUAUACAAGAAAAUGAUGAAAUAAAGACCGGACAUGAUUCCGACAUGCAAGAUCAUCAGGGGUACUGGCAAAAUAAACAGGGAUGAGCUAUUUAGUGAGCAAGCAAGGCUCGCCAAAAUGAAAAGUUGUUUACCUGUAGUCGAGACUAGCUACAAACAGGCUCAAAAGUUGCUCUCUAAAAGUAGUAUUACAUUAGAUGUUCGGCAGUUGAAAAGAUUUAGCGGCUGACAAUUAAAACUUAGCCUACCAGUGACUGCAUGGGAGUAAGUGCAAGCUCUCUGCUCCACCUACUAGCUGUCGUCAGAGGAAUGUGUGACUCUCCUGCUAGUAUUAAACACUUGAUAUGGCUGCCCUGACAGGCAGAAUCCUGAGACACCAAUCGGGAACUCAAAUAAUUGCCUUUUACUAUUGUAACUCAAUAGUAAUCAUACAAUAUACUCGUAUUUAUUGCUAUUUUUCACUUAUAGUUUAAACUAGAGUAGUAAUGAAGAGAAAAGUGUAACAAAACGAUUCCCAUAAAUGUGUCGAAGAAUUGCAAUACAGGGAACAAUUUGGUAAAUGUUACCAUUGUUUAAUAUUGCGUAGAACGGCCACACACAAGUCCCCGGCUCACCAUAGUGCUAGCAACUGUUCUGUUUGUGAGGCAACGUUCACCCCUCACCUGCUACUCCUUUAGGCGUUAGGUCUUCUUUCCUCUACUAAACAAAUAUGCAAAAUAUAAAUAGUUAAUAAACAUGAAUAAACUUGAAAGGUAUUCUUUUCGCGCUGGCAUCAACAGACCCAUCUGGUGUUGACACAGCGAGCAAAGUGUAAUGUCAAGGGCAGCUGUGCACUCAAUAUUUUACCCCAACACCCAGCUUAACCAGGGCCGUCUUGACAGCAUUGUAGGCCCUGGGCACAGCAAUGCAGUGCAGCUCCUACCCAGAUGAUAGUCCCAUCAGCCCCCUACCUAAAUAAUGGGCCGUGCCCGUCCGCUAAAGUACAGGAUUAUCAUCAAAUAGUUAUGCACAAAUUAUAUAUAUUAUAAAUAUUAUAUGAAAAGUGAUUUAAAUCCCAGGCCUUUACAGCGGGAGGUUGAGUUCGAGGUCGAGCUCUCCCGCUUUACAGCGGGAGAGCUCUUGGCAGAUCCACUCUGCCAAGAGCUAACAUGACAGCAUGGGGCCCCUAGAAUCGUGGGGCCCCUAGAAUCGUGGGGCCCCUGUACAACUAAUUACCCAGUGUACUCAUACGUUAAGACAGCACUGAGCUUAACUAAUCAUCAGUUGUAGUAUAUUAUCAGACCUCAACGAACAUUAUUACAUUAAUAAUUACAUCUAUCCUGCACACCUUAUUAUUAUACAGUUAGCUAGUAAGAGAGAGUGUUCCAUUUCAAUAACUAUAUGUUCAUGGUCUGGUGUGAGAUUUCUAGUGUACAACAGUUGUCUGGUAGUGAACGACGCUCUUGAUGCUUACCACUUGCCAAGGCAGCCAGCUGCCCUGUCAGACGUACGACGACCUUCACUCUACGACUCUAUGAAUAGCAUACUCCCCCUAUGUUUGACUUGCAUAGUCUCCCUCUAUGGUUGACUUGCAUAGUCUCCCCCUAUGUUUGUCUUGCAUAGUCUCCCUCUAUGGUUGACUUGCAUAGUCUCCCUCUAUGGUUGACUUGCAUAGUCUCCCCUAUGUUUGUCUUGCAUAGUCUUCCCUAUGUUUGACUUGCAUAGUCUCCCCUAUUCCCGUGAUACAGUAAAUAUUAUUCCUUGCUACUAUUAACGUAUACCUAAUAUUGUAAUUUCUGUGCAUUACAAUUUUGACAGGAAAAUCAUUAUAAUGACAAUGAUUUUCUUGACGGGUCUGCAGUCCUUGUUGACUUCCUGUAUAAAUCAAAAGUCAGGGUUGUGAUUUUCUUCAGCAACAUCCUUCUGAGAGGUCCUUCCUGUACAUGAUUACGAACAGAUUCAUGGUUUUGCCGACUCUCUCACUUGGAUACAUACUACCACAUUUAUGAUAGUUUAACGGACGGUACACUGGCUCAACUCUGGUACACUGACUCACAACUCUGGUACACUGACUCACCACACUGGUACACUGACUCACAGCAAUGGUACACUGACUCACAGCACUGGUACACUGACUCACAGCACUGGGACACUGACUCACCACACUGGUACACUCGCUCACCACACUGGUACACUGACUCACAACACUUGUACGCUGACUCACAGCACUGGGUGGUAGAUUGUGAGGGCAAUACAGUGAUUCAUCACACCGGGUGAUAGAUGGGUGAGUGCAGGACAUUAAGUGGCCUCACCACACCUCGUGAUUCACUCUGCAUGCAACCUCCCUCACACACUGGACAUCAAGGCAUUCACACGCACAGUUCGGUUUAAAAACAAACUCUUGCUCACUUAUCCAUUUGCGUCUAGUACAGUCUACAGCUGAUAAAGUUGUAGAAAUAAGUAAUUCAGUGUCAUAGCAAAGAUUAAAACAAAAUAUAGAUCAUUAACCUUGCCCCCCUGCUGUCAGUUUACAUAUAAAUUCACACCUUAUUUGUAUUAUUACAAAAUAGCGUGCAUAAAUUACACAAGUCAUUUGCACGCACUCAAGCUAGAGAAGCAGACUGCUGUAUCUGGAAGACCUCUUAACACGUUACUUAGAAAGCACCGUAUGUCCACUUUGUCAAAUUAUAGCACCUCAAAUAUACGGCUUUUAUGUAUUGUGUAUGUGUUCGUAUACAUAUAUAAAUACAACAUAUAUAUGUGUGGUUUGAGUUUAUCUCUUAAUUUUAUUUAUGACGCUUUUCAGUGGCAUGAAUCUGCAUGUUGAAUGUAUAUUUUAGCUUAUUUUUUAAACAAAUUAAAAAUAAUACAUUCUCCUGAAUUAUUACGAUAUAAUAAUAGUAACUAUAUGUACUGUAUAGAGUACAUCAGUUUAGAGGAUGGGAUGAGUAAGAAAAAACUUACUCAAUUUAAUUACUUACAUUAGUUACCAAGACUGAUAAAAUGUCUUAAUUUAUCUUAAAGUUAUUCUGAGAAUCCUACGAUACCUAUUACUGUGCAAUACCCAUGAUUUGGCUUUGAAACAUAAAUACUGUAUUAAAUUAAGUGUUAUUGAAUAUAAAUUAAUAUUACAAAUAUAUAUUAUUGUCAAACAAGAGUGCAAAUGCCCAAAAUAUUAUCCUGCGCAGGAAGAUGUUAUAAGAGUAUCUAUUUAUAAAUUAUAAUAGAAGUUUAAAUAAAAAGAACAGUGGGAGAGUAACUAAACUAUUUAUUGUACUGAUAUCUGUACACGAUUGCAAAAUUGAGUAACAUACACAGUACUGUAUACCAACAGCCGUAAGGGUUGUUGGUAUAACUAUAACAACCGCUGUUAUAGUUAUGAGAGGCAGCAGGUCAGCGGACAUAUACAGGUAUAUAUAUGGUGGCGACUGCCUCACCCUGCAGGCGGUAGUGAUUCAGAAAUGACCUUUUGGUGGACCAAGUACCUGCCGGAAGGCCUAUGGGAGAAUGGAUGGUUAUCUCCAAGCUUCAGUAGGAGUGGCGAGCACGCUCAGCGAGGGAAGAUGGUCUUUCUGCAUGGAGUAUUAUAUAUGGAAAUCAUUGAGGCAUGUGAUCUUCCAGAUGUCGACACUUCUUGGUUCCGCUCUUCCAAGGAUGUUUCAGACCCUUAUGUAACUGUUGACACUUGCUGUGGGGGUAAGAAGACUUGCCGUAUUGCCAAGACAUCCAUAAUUUUCAAUUCAUUAAAUCCUCACUGGGGGGAAAAAUUCAGAAUUGAGAUGUGCCAUGAAACCGAGUCUUUGUUAUUUACUAUCAAAGACUUGGACUUGGUAAAGAUAGAGUGUAUGGGCUUCAUGAGCAUCAGAGCAGAAGACAUUAUUGAAGAAGAGCCAGUUACUGGUUGGUUCCCACUUAUUGGAAAGGAUGGCAAUCCUUCUGGUUCCAUCAAUAUUGCCCUUCGUUACCUUUCUUCCUCGUCUAUCACACGGUCAAAUGAAGUUCCAGAUACUGUAUUCCCAUUGCGCUCAGGAUGCAAAGUGAAGCUAUACCAAGAUGCUCAUACACCUGCGCUCCCUCCUCUUACUGAUAUUCUUUCCAAAGAUGGAGAAUUUUAUGAUCCUCCACAGUUAUGGAUAGACAUUAUGAAUGCUAUUGAAAAUGCACAGAAGCUUAUCUACAUAGUUGGAUGGAGUGUGAAGACGGAUAUCUGCUUAGUACGUGAUGGUGAAUGUGAAAGUUUGGGAGAUAUUUUGAAAAGAAAAGCAGAUGAAGGUGUAAGAGUCCUAUUGAUGGUAUGGAAUGAAGCAAUGAGUACAGAUCUGUAUACCCCUGGAAUCAUGGGAACCCAUGAUGAAGAUACUAGGAUUUUCUUUGAAGGCACAGAAGUAGAGGUCUUUUUGGCCCCACGUCAAAAGAACAAAGGGAAGAUAAUGGAGAGUAACUUUGUUGCUACUCUAUACACUCAUCAUCAGAAAUCUGUGAUUGUGGAUGCUGAAGUAGAGGGUGAUGACAGGCGUCGCCUUGUUGCAUUUGCUGGUGGUAUUGAUCUUACUGAUGGGCGGUGGGACACUCCAGAUCACCCACUUUUCAAAACAUUACCAGACAUUCACCAAAAUGAUUUUUAUAAUGGUAUAUGUCAAUCCAGUGUGUCGACAGGGCCUCGCCAACCAUGGCAUGACAUUCAUAUGUAUAUUGAAGGACCUGCAGCUCUAGAUAUACUCUCAAACUUUGUUGAAAGAUGGAGGCGUCAAGCCCCUGACCGGGAGAAUCGCCUUCUUUCAAUUAGUGAAGAUGAUUUUGUCUUGGACUGGGAAGUAACCGAUGAAUCUCCUUGGAAUGUUCAAUUUUUUCGCUCCAUUAACUCAGAUUCAGCACAGUUUGAUACUAGUGCAUUGGAUCGUCUCCUUUCUCGUAAAGGUAGGUUGUAUGAGAAUUCUAUCCAAAGGGCAUACGUUCAUCAUAUCAGACGUUCUAAGCGCUUUAUAUACUUGGAAAACCAAUACUUCCUUGGAUCAGCUCAUGGAUGGCUUGUGCAAGAUGCCAAGUGCCCCCACUUGAUUCCAAUUGAAAUCACAACGAGGAUAAUCAAUGCAAUUAAAGUUGGUGAGGAUUUCCGUGUAUAUAUUGUUGUUCCUCUCCAUCCAGAAGGAGACCCCACUUCAACAGCUGUGCAAGAGAUUCUUCACUGGCAGCACCGAACAAUGGAAAUGAUGUAUAGAAAGAUUGCCAAGGCAAUUCGUAAAGCAAAAAUUGAUGCUCAUCCAACAGAUUAUCUAAGCUUCUUCUGUCUAGGAAAGCGUGAAAGUCCAGAUGAAGUGCCUGAUACCCUGGAACAACCAGACCCAGAUUCUGUUGCAGGCAAGGCACGAGAAAGUUUACGCUUUAUGAUUUAUGUUCACUCUAAAAUGGCAAUCUUUGAUGAUGAGUAUAUAAUUGUAGGAUCAGCCAACAUUAAUGAACGUAGUAUGAGUGGCAACCGUGACUCGGAGAUGGCUCUUGGUGCAUUCCAACCACAAUUUACAAAGGAAGAAUUUGGAAACUCGGAAAUUGAAGGUGAUAUUCGAACGUUCCGUCUUUCUUUAUGGGCAGAACAUUGUGGCACACACAUGGAGGAACACCUAUCACCUUCAUCUGCAUCUUGCAUGACAGCAAUGAGAGGCCUUGGUGAGGCAAAUAUGCAGAAAUAUAUAUCCCAGGAGGCCGAACAUAACGAUUCUCAUUUGAUGACUUAUCCAUUUAAUGUUAACCAGGAUGGUCGUGUAGAAGAGAGGGAAGACUGUCCAAAGUUCCCAGACACUGGUGGAUCUAUCGCUGGCAAGAAUUCCAACUUUUUACCCAAUUCUCUUACCACGUGAAAAAACUCUGCCUCAACACAUGAUGUAUAUAAUUACAGUACUAUGUCCCCGAACAUUAUGCAAGCUGUUUCAAGACUGGCACAAAUAUAUUGCAGCUGAUUCCAGUAAUAAAACUGUGAUGGAGUAAGGUGUCAAUGUAACUGGGAAUGUAAAUUUGCAGCUUAAUGUGCUUGACAAGCAAUAAUGCAAAUCUAGUGCUGAAAUACUUUUUUGUGAAUAAGAAAUUAAAAUGCCCCUAGAAUUAUGUCCAAGCCAAUCUUGCCUUUGCAUUUAAGGUACAAACCAUUAGAAAAGUUGCAAUUUUUGUAUUGAUAUAUAUAUAGGAUGUGCUGUAGAUGUUAGUCUUUUCUGAUAAUUAUUAGUAUUGUGUUCAUCUAUUUUUUUGUAACUACAGAUUGUAAUAUAACAAAUUUCGUGUGUGUUUGCUAUAAUAUGUUUUGAAGUGGGAAAACCUAUGUGUAAUAAUUAGUCAAACUUUCACUUAUUCAAAGAACAAAAAAAUAACUUUUGUAAUGAAACUUGCCUUCUUCCAUUGUUUAUACCUUUAUAGUCACUGUUUGAGUCUGUUUGUGUGACUAUGUAUGCAUGUGUGUAUACUGUACUGUGUAUGUAGAAUUUUGUAUGCUUAUAGAUGGUUGUUUCUCAGCGGUAAAUAUGACUACGAUUGAAUCUGAGAGGGAAAAUACUGAAGAUUAACAGAAACUAUUUAAUUUAGCCAAAAGUAGAUGAUGGGUGUUGUGCAGUUAAGAGUAUUUUCAUAAAAUGGAAUUGCAAAUACUUUGAUGAUGAUAAAUUUUGAAAUACUGUAAAUUCUUACUGACAAUAAGAAUGGAAGACUGCAUAUAUUUGAGGUGGUAUAUGAUUUUUUGGCUAUUAGAAACCAAAGGUAAAAGCUGAAAUACAGCAUUUUAGGUUAUUUUAAUGCCCCAGUCCCCAACACUGGGCAAACUAGUGUCUAUAAAAAUGCAAUUGCAAGAAUAGUAAAAUCAUGUUCUGUACAUUUCGCAUGUUAACCUUGGAAAUUAAAUAAAAUGAAGAAUAAUGACAGUAGGAGAUAUUCGCACAAAAUAAAGCAUUUACGGAAUUUUAGCACACAUAAUAUAAGGUUUUAAUAUAGUAUUUUCCCCAGCCAAUGAAAAUGAGAAAUGGGGUUCUGCACAAUGCACAAUUUUUUUUUUUAACUAAUGACUUAGCGUAAUUGAUGUGCAAUAAUUUUGUUGUGUGCCUAUAUAAACAAAAUGUCGUUGUAAAAAAAAAAAUAUGUACUGUAGUUUUGAUAGUUUCAGGAAUUAUUUUAACAAUGUGCAAUAACAUGGCAGGUGAAAUAAAUUACCUGUUAUUCACAUGAACAUGGAAUUUCAAUUAAGCUUAGCCAGAAUAUUUCAGUGUUUGUGCCUAUACAGAGCACUUCACUAGUGUGACAAGUGAAGGUAUGGCACCAUUAAUUAAUAUUCACCUGUGUGCGUAUUGUGGGAUCAUGCACAAAUUUCAUUACAUUUAGCCAUGAUUAUUAUAAAUAUAUAUACAUAUACUGUACUGUAAAUAGUACUGUAUAUACUGUAAUGUAAAUUGUCUUAUGCUGUUGAACACCAAAGUUUUUAAAGCUAAAAUAGUCAACCUUUAUAUUUUAUUGGCAGCUUAACAUAUGCUGGUGACUUACAGAUUAAGAGUUCAUUAGCUUUAGGUUUUCAUCCUUAGUAUGUAUUUUUUUACUUUACAAUUUUACAAUAAUCUGCAUAUGAAACACUUACAUAUUUUGUGAAUACUGUUGUAUUAUUCUUUGAAAAUAAGUAUCAAUUUUAAUAUUGUUAUAAUUUAUUGUAGAAUGUGAUCUAUACUAUUUGCACUUAGACUGUGGUUCUUAAAUUAUAUAAACAAUAUUAUAUUUAAUGAACUCUAUAAAUUGAGACUUGUUUGCCGUUUAAAAAUCAUGAAGUAAACAUUUUAUUCAGUUAAAGAAUAAUGUAAUUUAAGAUACUGUAUACAGUACUGUAAACUGUUUGUCAAUAUACAGUACUACGUAUAUGUGACUGAAUGUCAUGCACAUAUAUAUUAAAUUUUAUUCCAGGUUUUCGUUCCAAAUUUUGUAAUAAUUUUCUUAUGGUGAAAAUAAACUGCUAAUAUAGUUUGAGAGUAAUUAGCCAAGAUUGGAGAGAAUUUUUAGGGGUGUGGUAAAACCAUCUUUAAGAUACGGUAGUGUCUUGCAAUGCAGUGCAUAUUAUAUAGUAAUAUUUUAAUUGACAUCUACUCAUUGUGUAACUCUGCAUUAAGCAGUGUUGUAAUUGUAUGCCAAAGUUAGCUAUAUUACAACAUGCCUGUUAAUCAUUAUUAGCCAUAUUGGUUAUUUUAUAUUAUAUUUUAAUUCUCUUAUAUAUUAUUUCCUUAAAUUUGACAUAGUAAAGUGUAAGGAAUACCGAGUGUGGGAAUGACAAAACCAUGACUACCGGUAUUUAAAUAAAUACAGAAUGUGUGUGUGUGUGCGUGUGUAUAUAUAUAUACAGGUAUAUGUACUGUAUAUAUAUAUAUAUACACUAUAUGUGUAUAAAUAUAUAUACUGUAUAUAUAAGUGUAUAAAUAUAUGCUGUACAUACACAUCUAUACAUAUACAACUUCACAUACUGUAUGUAUGCAUGUGAUAAAUAGACGCUCAAGGGAAGUAACUUGUAUGGGCACAGAAAUAAAAUGAGAGAGUUGUAUGUGUUACGUUGUUGCAGCUGAUAAACAUGUUGAAGCCUGGAGCAGCUUAACAAGUUAAUGAGUAAACAUGACUUGAAUGUAAGUUGAAUUGUUCUGCUUUAAAAUCUUGUCUCGUUUUGCUGUUGCAUUUUGAGAAACUUGUUAAAGUGAAAAAACAAACUAUAAAAAACAUAAUAUAUUUAGCUAUUUUGGUGCUGAAAAUUUUUGCAUUUAAAUAAAGUUGUGGUUUUUUACCA